AUGGCUUCAGACACACGAGCAUGGCUUAGAAAACCUCGACCAUGGAAGACCGAUUUUACAGGUGACAAGAACCGUCCAGCAAAAAGGAAUAUUGAUGCAUGGUCUCAAUCUUUUUUGCUGGGCACCGGCAAGAACGAGAAGUUUACAAAAAGAAUUAAGGAGCUCGAUUUUUCAACCGUCUACAAAGAUGGCCCAUACAUCACUCAACGUCAAUUAAGUUCUCUAUCAGACGAGGAGUGGGCGGAAGAGAAACAAAAGCUUUUGGAUAAAGAUAAAGGACGACCACCUCAGGCGUUCAGAAGCAACGUUAGGGAUGCCCUCCCUGAGGCUCUGCGCAAUGAGGUGAGCGGGGCAGAGGAGACAAGAGCAGACGACUACACGAGCGAGGCAGAGACGGAAUUAGCAAAGCUCGACACGCGGUUUAAGGCAGCAUUUCACGAACUAGUGAUAGAAACGACACAUGACCAUGUCAAAGACCAACUCGAGAAAUUUGCGGUGCUUUUUACAGGCUAUCGUGACGAGCAUCGAAACGCCAUCCCCCAGCUCGAGGCUAAGUACAAACGAAAAGUAGAGCAGGCAGCUGCGAAGCAGGCGAAGAAAAUCAGGGGGGGUUCUACUACUACAUCAGAAGUUCAAUGA